AUGCCGCUUGAUCGUUCCGCCCCGACACGGUUGCGGACACCAUCAAUAGAUACCGGUAGAGAGCACAUUCGCGUCGUCAGAACACAGCAGCUGGUGAACUAUUUCCAGACCAAUUAUAGCAGCUUUCUUGGUGGUCUUCUAGCCGACCAUGGUGCUCCGCAGCCCACGCCGAUGUGUGGCACCACCCUGAAGAGCUUCACAUGCGCGUCUCCGCGCCCUCAUCGCGACGUGGACUUUGAAGGGCGCUAUCGCCCCGCAUCUGGUAACGGAAGGAGGCGCGAUCAAGAUCAAGGUACCACACCAGUACCUCUUUCUGCCCGGACGCAAGGGAGCACGCUGCAGGUCCCAGAGUCUCCCCGCGCCAAUGGCCGCAACCAUCCGCUGAGCACAAGAUCUCGUGGCAAGGUGAAAAUUGACUUGAGUAAAGACUACGUCAAGGAUCCCGCUGGAGAGACCAACGAGGCCUCCUCGAAGGAUGAGGACGAGCUGAGAAAACGAGAGGCAAGCGAAAGCCUGCGAAUGCUCGUCCUGGGGAAUUCAAGCGCGAAUGCCGAGCAUGCUGAUAAAGACUGGGCAGAAAAGCACCGUCGGGGAACCAGUGAGGAGGUGGAAACAUUCUGCCGAUGCUGGUGUCAGAUGGAUGCGGAUAAUGACGGGGAUGUAGAGCUGGAGGAGUUCGCCAAUUUCUUCAGCAAGCGGAAAGUGGACAGGUUGUUGGGGAUGCGAUGCAUCCGCUACCUUAUGCCCCGGGUGGCAACUCAAGGCAAGGCCUUGGUCAGCCAAGAGGACAUGAUGCGGCUUCUGUGGCCUUAUGCCGCGACUGAAGACAUGGACCACAUGUGCAUGAUCUUCGAUCAUUGCAGGUUGUGCACUAUAGCAGCUCCGCCACCAAAGCUCUUGCCGCGAAAGCGGCGCACCGAACUUUUAAAGUGUUUCCAGGAAAUGGAUGGAAACCACACUGGUUUAGUUCCGUACAUCGACUUGAUUCCUGCGGGAGUUGCUGACCAGAAUAUGGUCAAAAUCCUGCGUGACAAGUAUGACACGACAAGAAGCGGCUUCUUCGACAAGAACUGUUUCUUGGAGAUGAUGGCACCGUUGGGGUAUCGAGCACAUGAGUCAAUGCGAUUUGUUGUAUUGAAAGAUGGUAAACGGGUUCGCUUCGUCGAGUGGUGCCGGGAGGGACUGCGUUUCGAAGGGUGGCUGACUGAGAAGCAUUACGACAAGUUGAAGGAUCAUUACGGUUUCGAGAACGAUGACAAUGAUGAUGCAGCGGAGGAUUAG